GCUACAUCAUUACCUUUUUGGGCGCAUGCGCGAAAUGAUGGGAAUGAGUGUUAGUGAACGAAACUAGUCUAUUUACAAAAUACAAUUAUAAACACUGUUAAAUCAUGGAUCAACGGUAAAAUGUACGGCAGAAGAUACGUCAACUUUUUUUGAUUUUUUGCCAAUAUUCAAAAAAAAAAUGUGUAAAUAUCACUUGAGGACGAUGAAAGUUUCGGAAAGAGCAUUUCGUGUUCGUAAUAAUUGUCUUGGUAAGGUGAAAGUUACACUAUAUUAAAGAUAAGCUGUGGAAACACGACGAUGCCAUUCAUGAAUAGACGUUUGCGUUUCGACGAAACAUGGCAAGGGAUAUCGUCAACGGUCGAUGCUGUCCUGGGAUUGCGAAAAGUCACGAGAAAAGAUUGGAAUGAAAGAUUUACAGAUGUGUACUCUUUGUGUGUUGCCUAUCCCGAGCCUAUGGUGGAAAAAUUGUAUGAAGAGAUCAAAGCUUUGCUAAAGGCGCAUGUCAACAGAAUCUAUUGUGAAUUAUCAUCUGGCACAUACUAUCUUGAAUUGUACCACAGUCAUUGGUCCCAAUAUAACCGAAGUUGUGAAUACUUGGAUUUGCUGUUUCGCCACCUGAAUAUACACAUCAAAAAGGGAGAAGGAAAUGGCAAUGAUAUGACAACUUAUUCCAGUGUUCUGUCCGAUAACGAAUGCAAGAUUGAAGUGGGCCAGCUAGCCUUACGAAUUUGGAAGGAGAUUGUUAUUCAACGGAUAAAAGAAAAACUAAUUCCGGAAAUUUUGGCUGAAGUGAAAAGGGACAGAGAGGGUGGAAAUGCACAACGAGACGUAAUUCAAGGAGCUAUCGAGUCUUUGGUUAUAGUACAGCAAUAUUUUGAACGUGGAAAACUAGAGCUUUACGAAGGUGAAUUUGAGAAAAAACUCUUGGUUGAAACAACAGAGUUCUACAAGACCGUGUCUUCCAAUCUCGUGUCAGAACUCACGUGCUCAGCUUAUUUAGUCAAGGCAGAUAGUCUUCUUCGCGAUGAGAAAGUGCGAACCUCGCAGCUUUUCCAUCACUCUUCGACGGAGAAGGUUAACAAGGAAUGCGAAAGACAGUUGGUGGAAAGUCACGUGGCUUUACUCGAGUCAGAAUGCAGGCAGAUGAUCAAAGAGGAAAACCUCGAAGAUCUUUCACGCAUGUACUCUCUUAUGAAGUUGAGUGUGCUUGGGUUGCGCGCAAUGGUUCAAUUGCUGGAAGAACAUAUCGAAAAAAAAGGACUUGAGGCGAUUUGCUGUAUCGACAAGGAAAAAACACCUGCUAACUUUGUUCGUGCGUUACUUCAAGUACAUCGAAAGUAUCUCGAUUUGAUAAAUACCACAUUCAGCGGAGAAAAAGCCUUUUUGAUGGCGUUCAAUAAGGCAUUCUAUGUUGUCGUUAACAGCGAUAAAUCCGGGCAGAAAAGUUCACAGUCAGCAGAACUGUUAGCACGAUUUGCCGAUUCCAUCUUGAAGAAAAACCAACGAAAUAUGAGCGAGAACGAACAAGAAGAAAAUAUGGCUGACAUCAUACUCCUUUUUAAAUACCUCGAUAAUAAAGAUAUUUUUCAAAAGUUUUAUUCGAAAAUGUUGGCGAAGCGUCUCAUUCACAACACGUCUAUCUCAAUGGACGCCGAAGAAAACAUGAUCAACCGACUGAAGCAUACCUGUGGUUACGAGUACACAAACAAUCUACAUCGCAUGUUUACGGACAUGAGUUUGAGCGAGGAUUUAAACAAAAGCUUUUAUGAAGACCUGGCUAGAAAAAACAGUUCGCUGGAUAUCACCGCUUCCUAUCUUAUAUUGCAGUCAGGUGCUUGGCCACUUGCUGUUAACACAGUUUCGUCGUUGACAAUACCUCAAGAAUUCGUCGACCCGAUUACUUGGUUUGAACAGUUUUACGGUAAACGAUUUCAAGGAAGGAAGUUAACCUGGCUUCAUCAUCUUUCCAACGGUGAAGUUCGUUUGAAUCAUUUUCAAAGGCCAUACAUCGUCACCGCGUCCAGUUACCAGAUGGCCGUGAUGCUUUUGUUUAAUCAUUCGGCGAGUUUAAGUUUUGGCGAAAUUCUUGCACAAACCGAGAUUGCCGAGAAAGAGUUAGAAAGAACAUUGAAGUCACUUGUAGAUGUUAAACUCCUACUGUCUUUCAAGGACGCGGGCUCCGCAACAUACACGUGCAACCCAGACUUUUCAAACAAAAGAACUAAGUUAAAAAUCACCGUCCCUGUUCUACGAGAAACCACUCAGGAAGCUAAUCGAUUUCGCUCGUCAAUCGAUGAAGACAGAAAAUUGUACAUUCAGGCAAACGUCGUACGCGUGAUGAAAGCUCGCAAAGUUCUUAAACAUAACACGCUAGUCCAAGAGGUGAUCAGUCAGUCAAAGACGAGAUUCUCUCCAAGCGUAUCUAUGAUAAAGAAAGCGAUCGAGUCUUUGAUUGAUAAGCAAUAUUUGGAACGAAAGAACGGCAGCAAGGACGAGUACACUUACUUGGCGUAGAAUGGAAAGUUUAGUGCUCGCCAAGCAAUUUUAAUUUUAUAUGUUUUUUCAACAUGAUGAAACAGCUUCAAUAAAUUGUGAAUUUAUUAUUCGACAUACGUAUGUUAUUAAGUGGACAAAUGCAUCAUUUUAAUAAACGAGAUUAUUUUUGCGACCAA